AUGAGAGCAUACAUUUACGACACACAAGAUCCUGCCGAUCAAAGAGCACCUCAUGACUUGGGAAUUGCAAAGACACUUGACGAUCUCAAAAAAAUUGGUGUUCUAUAUUGGCAAAUAGAAGAUGGACCAAAUGCUAUUGAAAAAAUUGAUGAAAUUGCUAAAGAACGAAAUUACAAGAACCGCGACACUGUAAAGAAGUUUCUUGGGUACAGAAGGAUUGUAGUGUCGCCUGAUGCAAUGGGGCCCAUUUACGAAGAAAAAGUGAAAUCUUUUUUUGCCGAACAUCUUCAUGAGGAUGAGGAAAUCCGUUAUAUUCUAGAUGGUUCAGGUUACUUUGACGUACGUGAUGAACAAGAUAUUUGGAUUCGUAUUUAUAUGGAGAAAGGCGACAUGAUUAUUUUACCACCAGGAAUAUACCAUAGAUUUACUACAGACGAGAAGAACUAUAUAAAAGCGAUGCGACUGUUUAAAGAAGAUCCAUUGUGGACCCCUCUUAACCGCCCUGUUGCUGAAAAUAACGAAUAUCGCGCGGAGUAUGUAAGGAAUUAUAACAUUACCACCGUAAACUAGUUGACUGUACAAUAGGUAUCAUGUAAUUGAAGCUGAAAAAGCCAACUACUAGCAUUUGUACCCUUCAAUAAUAACAAUACUUUAUUGUUUAAUGAGAAAACUUGGUAAACCAUGCAUCUUUACUGUUUUCGCGUAUAUGUAGAGAGUUAAAAGAUGCCUUAUCAAUUCUUUGACUUCAAUUUUAUUUGGACAUCUACAGUAAUAUAAAUGCAGUUAGCGCUUUCUGUAUUGUACUGAACAUAAAAUAGUUCCCAGCAUAGCUUUUUCUUUUUUUUUUUGUUUUUUUCAUUUACCAUCAUCUUGACAAACUCUUGGU